CAUUUUGUUUUAGUGGAAAGUUCUGCAAGGAGUGGAGCUUAACUUUUGUAAUUUGGUAACACCAAACGUCUAAAUUGGAUUACAAUGGCGGCUAUGUCCCCGUCUGAGCGGAGAUUACAAAAAGAACUCAUGUCCCUGAUGAGGGAACCGCCGCCAGGAGUCACCGUGGAUGGAGAUCAGGCUAGUCAAAAUCUAACACUGUGGACAGUUCACAUGGAAGGUGUCCCAGGCACUUUGUAUGAAGGAGAAAAAUUUGUAUUGCAGUUCAAAUUCACAAACAAAUACCCGUUCGACUCUCCCGAGGUGACGUUCAUAGGCAACAACAUCCCAGUGCAUCCGCACGUCUACUCCAACGGCCACAUUUGCUUGUCCAUCCUCACUGACGACUGGUCGCCCGCGCUCUCCGUGCAGUCCGUCUGUCUUUCCAUUGUGUCUAUGCUCAGUAGCUGUAAGGAGAAGAAACGGCCUCCAGACAAUUCCCUUUAUGUUAAGACAUGCAACAAAAAUCCUAAGAAAACAAAAUGGUGGUAUCAUGAUGACUCCGUGUAACCCCACCCCGCGUCGCUGUAUCGAGCAUGGACGAUAAAAUCUCAGUAUGUGAUAAGUGUUAUAACUGUGCGGUGUGCUAUAACGGUGUGUACAUACGGGCGUGAGUGCUUCGUCGGCUGGCUGGCUCUCGCAGUGGGCUACCAAGUGCAGUGUCUUGUGUGGGCUGGAACAAACACCUUUACUUUGAGCUGAACGGAGAAAGAACUGCCAUAUGAAUUUAAAAGUGGAAGUAUGCUUUGGAAGCAAAAUCGUAAGACCUAAAAAAAGCGAUGGAAAUGCAAAUUAAGAAAUUAGGAAAGUGUGACACGGAUAUGGCUGAAGAAACCGACUUAAGGCAGGGUACUCACCUGCCAUGUAGCAUGUAUCGUAGCAUGUAACGUAACCAACCUUCAAGUGAGUACGGCUCGU